ACGAAGAAACGUACGUAAUUCGAAACCAAAGUUAAACAAUGGAUUUUAACUUGGUAUUGUUCUAUGUGUAUAUCUCUAUUUAUUGACAAUAGGUACUACUUGAAGACAGAUAUGAGACAAUCAGUUGUUUAAUUUUGAAGUUACUGAUAUGAUGUCAAAACAACGUCAGUUAUAAUCACUUAAGGGUGUUUUGUCUAACAGCCUAUACCUUAAGUAACAAUGUUUCACGAGUUUUUUCUUAAAACUAAUACUGACUUUUAAAAAGAUUAUUCAGUUUAAUAUUAAAAAAAUGGAUUUAAAGAAUGCGGAGUUAACUCUGUCGAAUUAUACAUUUUUAUAUCAGUGGAAUCGUGGUCUGACUGACCUUGACCUAAAGAGAAAGAAAGCGGACAAACGUGAGAGGGACCGGAUGCAGAUAAGAAUAAUAGACAAGAUAAGCAACCCUACACUCGGAUUUGAAGUAGAAAAUUUCAAACUGUUUGGAGAUCUGAAGAAAACAACAACACAAAUUCAUAACACAAUACCGUCGCAAGAUACUGUUUCUGCCGAAAAAGAAUGCAUUCACUUUGAAGAUCAAAGACGUCGCCAGCCUCACAUUGCUAAAUACAAUCAUUUCUACGGAUGUAUUCAACAUGAAGCUACUAAACCGAGAACUCCUCGGACUGCGUCAUCAUUUGCUAUAUCAGGAAUUGACGAAGAUCGGACAAGUUCACGUAUUCAUAUGAGAUCUCGAAAUCAUUCACGUGCUUCGUUGUUUUCUCGAAAUGAACAGAAUAAUGUACUGUUUUCAAAUAUUGAACCAGACCGUAGAUCCAAAAUGUCCUCACGGGGUAAUAAACUCGACUUUUUAGAAUCACGGACUCCAGUGCCUUAAAAUUACCAUGACAACAGUAGUGGUCUAUUAAUAUAUUGUAUAUUCAAUUUUUAUUCUUUAUGUAUAUUUCGAGGAAGUGUGUGUGAAAAUAUUACAAUGUUUUAUUAUUGAAGAGGUUUCCAAUAAAUUGUGCAGAAUAUCA